AUGUUAUUAAGACGUUUCUUUGAACGAGCGCGUAUUCGUUGUUCCAUUUGUACAAGUAAACAAGCAUGUUUGUGUACAACAGCUAGACGAGAUUCAUUAUACGAUGAUCCCGAUGUAUCCUUUACAAGAAAAAAUGAACGACAAUCAGCUGAGCAAUAUGGCUUCGCACGUAAAGAUAAACCAGCACGAUUAUUGAUGCGUCGAACAAGUAUUGAUGAAACAGAUAAGGACGAUACUGGCACGAGUAUCAUGGAUAAAUUACGUCGUGCAUCAGCGCAAACACCAGCAAAUAUUCCGAUGCUAGUGAUUGUUUCAUUUAACCCAGAUGAAAAAGGUCUACAAAAGAAACAAAUUGAAAUUCAACGAGGUUUUCCUGUAAAUGCUCAAUAUAUUUUAAGUGACUGGUUAUUUAUAAAAACAGCUGAUAAUGAAGAAGGUUUUGUUCCAUAUUUAUGUUGUCGUCCAAUAUUUCGUCGACAAUCAAUAAAAUCUUUAGUUAAUACUGAAUAUUCUUAUAAACUUCAUGAUUUCGAAUUACAGAAAUCUGAACCAAUCAAAUUUUCAUUGACAUCACCAACGAAUAAAAAAUUAUCUGUAUCAACAAAUCUUAGUUCACCUUCGUGUUUAUGUAAAAGAUCAUCAUCAUAUAAACGACGUCAAGAUCUUGCAUCAUCAUCAUGUGGUGGUGAUUCAGGUGUUUCCGAUUGUGAAUCUUCAACCAAUAAUCAUCUUUAUUUAGAAUUAUCAACAAAGCAUAUAUUACAAUCAUCUAACAUUCAAUCUUGUUCUAAUACAGUAAAAAAAGCAGGUCUUAUUGUACAAGAUAUUCCAUGCAAGAAGCCCUCGAAAACUAAUCAAAUAAAAUCUCAAUUGUUAAUGUCGAGCAAUAGUGCAUUUACACAAAUUGUCAAAAAGAAUCAACGACAGGAAAGUAAUCGAUGUCAACCAUUUCAAGAGAACGCUGACAUGAUAUUAUCACCAUCAUCUCUUCGAAGUCAUUCUCAUCGUCUUUAUGAUAGUUAUGAUGAAACAACAAAUGCAUCAGUAAAAUAUAAUUUUGACAAUCAAGAUAUUAUUUCAUCACCCUAUAUUCGUCGAACACCACAUACUCGACGUUCCCUACCAUACCAUUCACAAUCAGCAUUGAAAAAGCCAUUACGUACAAAAGUAUCAUUUUCACCUGAUCCAUUGAAACAAAAUAAAGAGCAAUGCUUACGAAGUAUUGUUCUUGCUGAGCCAUUAUUACCUUUUGCUAUUAUUCCUAAAAAACCAACAAUUGAAAAACACUUUUCUGAUUUAAGUCUUAAUCAAAUUGAAAAUGACUCACUUUCACCAUCAACUCCUGUCUUAUCAAGUCGUAAUCGACCGUCUUUGUCUUAUUCGUCAUCGUCGUCGUCAUCAUCAUCAUCAUCAAGUGCUACAAGUUCGUCCACUGACGAUAGUGCAGCACCAUUCAUUCAUAUACAAAUGAAUAAUCACCGUGCGGGACGAAUGCCAGUUUUAUAUACUUCAUCAAAUAUAACUACUGCAAAUAAUCAUAAUAACAGUGAUAAUCAGACAAAAAAAUCAACUAGUUUUGUUCAUAAUGUUUCGAUUACUGUUUAA